AUGGCGCUCUCAAAGUCCUUCGUGACCGCUCUGUUGGCCGGCUUGUUGCCGUCCAUCAAUGCCAUUCAGCAGCCACCCACAACUCACAACGGCUCCCGCAAUCCCUUCAAUGACAACCUCGCCAGCUUUGCAGGCGACGUCAUGGACAGGUGGAAGAUUGCAGGCAUGUCGGUUGCUGUUGUGGACGGCGAUGGUGUCUACGCACAGGGAUACGGGUACGCCACCCUGCCAGACACCAAGGCCACGCCGGACACACUCUACUUUGCUGGGUCAACAUCCAAAGCCUUCACGGCUGCGGCUGUUGCCCAAAUAAUCGACAGUAAAAAUCACUCUAUCCUUGCUGAUGGAUGGAGCACCACCAUCUCGUCCAUUAUCCGCAACGACUUUGUCAUGUACGAGGAUUGGUCGACCGAACACAUCACUCUCGAGGACGCGGCCAGCCAUCGCACCGGUAUGCCCCGUCAUGAUGCCGCUGUUUUUGCGCGCCACGACGACGGCAGCCCCGUGACCAUUGCCCAGCAGGUGCAGAACCUCCGGAACCUGAAGCCCAGCGCGCCGCCGCGAACCACCUGGCAGUACUGCAACUACAUGUACACCGUCCUCGGCCAUGUCGCCGAAGCCAUCUCAGGCAAGUGGCUAGGUGAUGUGCUGCACGACUCUAUUUGGGGGCCACUCGGCAUGACAUCCACCUUUGGCGAUACCAAGGAUGCAGUAGCCGCGCCGGAGCAUCUAGCCACCGGCUACUACUGGGACCCCAAGGCCAACAAGUUUGUCGAGAUGGGCCUCGAGAGCACCCGGGAGACGGGCGGUGCCGGACUCGUCAUCUCUACCGUCUCCGACUACACCAAGUGGGCACGCUGCCUGCUCGACCAGACCGCGCCCUUCUCCAAGGCUGCGCACGACGAGAUUCGCAAGCCGCGCAUGCUCACCGGCGAGAACGAGGGUGGGGUCAUGGGCGACGGCGACUUGACGUAUGGACUGGGGUGGAUGAAGAAGACGUACCACGGCGAGGUCGUUUGGAAGCAUGGCGGCACCAUGUUGGCCUACAGCACGCAGCUGUACUUGGUUCCCCGUUUGCGCUAUGCCGUCGCGGCCAUGGCCAAUACGGGCCUCGCCAACUCUGCCGAAGACGAGAUCGUCUGGCGACUGAUUGAGGAUAAGCUAGGUGUCCCUCAGGAGCAGCGCUACAAUCUCACUUAUAGCUUCGACGAAUUCAACAAAGAGACGGAGAAGGCACUUGCAGCUGCCGAGUCAGUCUAUUACCCCGACCGUCCGGAAAAGCCGAUCCCCUCAUCAUUGACCAACAAGCAAAUCGUUGGCCAUUACUAUGACCCAGGAUACGGGACCCUGCGCAUCAUCGAGGCGGAUGUUGGCGGCAAGACAUGGCUGGUGGCGAACCGAACCGAGCCCAUCACUCAGUACGAAUUGCGCUUCCGGCACGUCUCCGGCAACUUUUGGCUCGUAGAUGCUUAUGUGACAGAUUCGAACAGCAUCGCUGGCACCUUUGCUGGCGAGUUCAAGGUUGGCGUGGAUGGGAAGGCUGCCGGUCUGGAGAUGCAGCUAACACCAAAAGGUCAACUUGGCGAGCCCAAUGUGCUAUUCAAGCGAGUGUAA